AUAUCCACGCAAAUUGUUCAAACAAACAUUUACAAAAAAUACCAUCCUCUCUUCCUUCAAAUGUCACACAUUUGAUAAUGACGAAUAACCUCUUGAAUAAACUCGCUGAUGACUUACACCGAUUCUCCCAUUUAAAACAUCUGGAUUUGUCGAAGAAUAAAAUUAGCAGUUUGAACGAUAGCUUCAAAGGUGUUGUAACAUUGCUCAGUCUAAAUCUCCAUGGCAACCAACUCACUCUGGAGAAGACCACAUACCCGAAAGGAACGUUUAAAGAUCUGGAGAAGCUUGAAAUCCUCGAUAUAAGUAGUAACGUAUUGGUCACGAAUUCAUCGUAUCCUGAUGACAGCCUUGGAGAUCUUGUCUCUCUGCAGACGUUGGUGGUUGAUGGAUUCGAGAACUGCACCUUUGGACAAGGCUUUGCCAGAUUAAAGAACCUUACAACACUGAACAUAUCAGGCCGAAAGGGAUAUUGUUCCAUCAAUCGUUUGUUAAAUCAGUCAUUUGUCCAUACACCUCACCUUAGAAAAUUAGAUAUAAGUAAAUGUAAAAUAUCAGAUAUUGAUGUUGGUUCGUUACUUCCUUUGAGAAACAUUGACACAUUAGACAUGUCAGAAAAUGAUAAUUUAGGGUUUAAGACAUUUGGUGAUUCUAUGUUUGGCCUUGUGAACUCGACGUUAAGAGUACUUAGGCUGAAUAAAAUCACAAGCAGUUAUGCCAUUGGUGUUCAGAUACGGAGGACACAUGUCCGUUUCUUCGCCGAAAUACAUGUAAAGGAGAUUUAUCUUGACUGCAACAGAAUUGAGAACAUAGAAGACACUGUUUUUAAUGUUUUACCUUCAGUUGAAGUCGUCUCCUUGAAGAAUAACCAUCUCCGGCUUGGAGCUUACUCAUUUGCUACAGAUCACUUGGUCAGCCUUCGUAAACUCUAUAUCAAUAACCCUUUUACAUUCUACGGACCUUUACCGGGAAUUAUAGUAACCCCUGGUUCAUGCGUUGACAGAGAGCAUGAUCAGAAUAAGGUAUUCAGUUUGUAUCCGGAGACAAAUAAUGAGGUGAGCACUGUUCAAAGAAGCCAAAGAAGAUCUUCAGUGGAUGGAACAGAUGAAACAGUUAAACGCAAGAAUACGUUUCAAAGAGACUACAAUGGUGAUGUCAAUGAGGUGGAACUGUCACAAUCAAAAAGCAAACAAUUAUCUUCAGAUCCAAAUGGAAUCAGGAGGAAACAAAUGAAGGACGAGAUUCAUUAUUCAGUCACUCUUAAAAUACCCAUUGCUCCAAACGUGAUAUUUGUUAAUGCCAGUCAGAGGAAUAUCCAAGGAGAAAUUUGGAACUUUUCAUUUUGGCCAAAUAAAUUGCAAACUCUUGAUUUAUCAUCCAACAUUUUAACAAAAUGGGUAGGCCCAGUUUAUCAGACUGAAAACCUUAACUUUCUGGAUCUAUCAAACAACUUUUGCAAAUUCAUUGCCCCAACGUUUCUGGAGCAUGCAAGUGGUCUACAAAUACUGAAUAUCAGCAAGAAUUACCUCGCUGAAUCCCUUGAAAAUGACACAAAAGGGGAGAUAUUUAUGAAUCAAAGAAAUGUAGAAACAUUCAGAAUUUCUACAAAUAUGAUUCGUGAUUUGCCCUCUUCGAUUUUUGCAAGCAUGGGUAAACUGAAAGUCCUUGAUUUGAGCUGGAAUAUGAUGAGUUCUUGGGUUGUUGACAUACAUCAAAUGAAACAUUUGUGGAUGUUAGACUUGUCCUACAACAGAUUUGAAGCUGUUCCAAUACGUCUUCGGAAUCAGAUUGAUGUAAUUAUGAUGGAAAGGAAAGACAAAUUUCACAUCAGAAUGAGGGGCACCAACCUUAAGUGUACAUGCAAUACUUUAGAUGACUUGUGGUGGAUGUUGAAACCAUAUAUAGCCAUAGAUGACGCAUCUGAUACCACAUGCAGCCUAUCAGAUGGAACCGAGACGUCUUUGGGCAAUCUGAACAACCUUGUACUUGAUCUUCAAGAGAAAUGCAAGACUGUCAUUCCAGUGAUAAGUGGAGCAGCCACGGGACUCAUUUUGUUUCUGUCAGUGGUAGUAGGUGGCGUCAUAUAUCGCUACCGAUGGAAGCUGAGAUAUUUGUACUACACAACCAGAAGAAAGUACAGAGGUUACCAGAAACAGAUAGGUGAAGAAGAACACUUCAUAUACGACGCCUUUGUCUCAUAUGCAGAAGAGGACAGGGAGUUUGUUGUGCAGGACAUGCAGAGUAUCUUGGAGAAGAGAUUUGGCUUAAGACUCUGUAUACACCAGAGGGACUUCAUGGUUGGUGAGCCAAUCACUGCCAACGUAGUAAACGCAAUACAGUCGAGCAGGAAGACUAUCAUCCUUUUAACUCCGAGCUUCCUCGAGAGUUCCUGGUGUGAAUAUGAGGUCCACAUGGCCAAAUUUGAGAGCAUCCACUCAGGGAGAGACAUCUUUUGUGUAGUAUGGCUCAUUGAUGUACCUGAUACCAGAAGGAUCAGCAGAGACGUCUUAGAUGAAAUUGAACAUGGUACCUACAUCAAAUACCCAGCAGAAGAUGUGGACAGAGAAGAGUUCUGGCAGAAGAUCAAGGCAGCCAUAACAUUCUGA